AUGAUUGCUGAUAUUUGGUGGAAUGAUAUAAAACCUUAUAUACCACCCAAGGAAGCUGAAAAAGAUCAGAUAGAGACUGCUUCACAGGCAGAAAAAGAAGGAGAAGGUUUAAUGAAAUAUACAGAAGAUCAUACUGAGUAUAGAUAUAUACAUAAUUUAAGAGAAUUAUUAAAGAGAUUAUAUUUUAUUGCUAGUGAAGAAAAAGCAGGAAAUAAUAAUUUUCAUAAUGAAAAGAUUGGUAUUGUACAUUUUUUUAGUUCUGAGUUGGAAAGAUUAGCUAGUACUCCACAAGGAAUUGAGUAUUAA